CGCGGGUUCUGGCGCUGGACCGAGGCCGCCGUCUGCCCUGCUCCGAGCGCCGCCGCGGCACCAUGGCCUCCUCUGAGGUGGCGCGGCAUCAGCACUUUCAGUCUCACAUGGCAGCGAAAACAGCUUGCAUGCCCUCCCAAGGAUCUGAUGAGGAGCAGAGAAAAAGAGAAAAUGUUCGUUCCUUGACUAUGUCUGGCCAUGUUGGUUUUGAGAGUUUGCCUGAUCAGCUGGUCAAUAGAUCCAUUCAGCAAGGCUUCUGUUUUAAUAUUCUGUGCGUGGGGGAGACUGGAAUUGGAAAACCAACACUGAUUGACACAUUGUUUAAUACUAAUUUUGAAGACUGUGAAUCCUCCCAUUUUUACCCACAUGUUAAACUUAAGGCUCAGACGUAUGAACUCCAGGAAAGUAAUGUUCGAUUGAAAUUGACCAUUGUGAAUACGGUGGGAUUCGGUGACCAAAUAAAUAAAGAAGAGAGCUACCAACCAAUAGUUGACUACAUAGAUGCUCAAUUUGAAGCCUAUCUCCAAGAAGAACUGAAAAGUAAGCGUCUCUCCAACUACCAUGACUCGCGCAUCCAUGUGUGCCUCUACUUCAUCUCUCCCACGGGCCACUCACUAAAGACACUUGACCUCUUAACCAUGAAGAACCUAGACAGCAAGGUGAACAUUAUACCAGUGAUUGCCAAAGCAGAUGCAAUUUCUAAAACUGAAUUGCAGAAGUUUAAGAUCAAGCUCAUGAGUGAACUGGUCAGCAGUGGCGUCCAGAUAUACCAGUUCCCAACAGAUGACGACACCAUCGCCAAAGUCAACACUGCAAUGAACGGACAUUUGCCUUUUGCUGUCGUAGGAAGUAUGGACGAGGUAAAAGUCGGCAAUAAGAUGGUCAAAGCUCGCCAGUACCCCUGGGGCAUUGUGCAAGUGGAAAACGAGAACCACUGCGACUUUGUCAAGCUGCGGGAAAUGCUCAUCUGUACAAACAUGGAGGACCUGCGGGAGCAGACGCACAGCCGGCACUACGAGCUGUACCGGCGCUGCAAGCUGGAGGAGAUGGGCUUUACCGAUGUCGGCCCCGAGAACAAGCCCGUCAGUCUUCAGGAGACCUAUGAAGCCAAAAGACACGAGUUGCAUGGUGAGCGCCAGAGGAAGGAAGAGGAGAUGAAGCAGAUGUUUGCGCAGCGAGUGAAGGAGAAAGAGGCCAUACUGAAAGAGGCUGAGAAGGAGCUGCAGGCCAAAUUCGAGCACCUUAAAAGAGUUCACCAAGAGGAGAGAAUGAAGCUGGAAGAGAAGAGAAGGUUUCUGGAAGAGGAAAUAAUCGCUUUCUCAAAGAGGAAAGCCACCUCCGAGAUUUACCAGAACCAGUCCUUUGUGGCGUCGGGUGGCAACCUGAAGAAAGACAAGGACCGAAAGAACUCCAAUUUUAUGUAACACAGAAGUUGCAGAGCACAGAAGAUCUUCACAAGCCUAAGUCAUUAAAAGUUACCAGCAUGCUUCGAUGUUCUUGCUGUUUUUAUUUGCUGUGUCAUUCUCUUGCUGGCAGAUGGCCACCGUUAUCUGACGUUUAUGGAAAAGUGCCUUCGGGGUAAGGUCGAUAUAUAAGGAGGUCAAAAGAAAAGCCGCAGUGGAGGAUUCCUGACACUGUCACCAUUGUUAGAAAUUUCUGGGUUGCUUUUUGUAGUGGAUCUAGAUCUCUUCUGCUGCUGCCAGCUUCCUGUCACUCUGCAGUGCAGUACACCAAAGAGCAGUCUCAGUGCCGUUAAAACAGAACUCAUUCACGCUGUGGAUGUCCAGUUAUGUUAUAGUGCAAGAUGAGCUGGGUUUUGUGUAUAUACUAGAUGAAAAAUUCUGAGAAUAUAUUUCAGAAUGUACUAUAGAGCUAAAAUUCUAACCUCAAUAGUUUUAUAGGACUUUUUGAAUUUUUGAUACAGUUACCCAGUUGUUACUGUCCUGAGCUUCUUGUCAGAUGGUAUGAGGUGGUGACCAUGAGCGCUGUAGGAUGCCUGACUGUGCAUCAGUGUAUUGACACAGUAUGCUUGAACGUGGAAACACUGCCUUGCCUAGCCCUGUCACCUGGUGGCAAAGUGCCUUUGAGCGUGAGUGCGUCACACACUCUUUCAUUAGGAUGUGUUGUGUGCCUGUUAAACAUGGUCUUCCGGGAGAAGAAUAAUAAGGUCAAAUUAUCUUAUUAAAAUAACUUUUUUAAGAAAAUAGCUAUAAACAUCCGAAUAUUAAAGAUAUAAAAAUUUAGAUGUUAUAUCUCAAGGAUAUUUGCCUUCAUUGCCUUUGUAGAAUUCUCAGAAUGUUUGAAUGGUUACUAACUUUUUUGAACAGUCAUAUACGUAUAUAGAUUUUCAUUUUUUUGUACUUGAAUAUUCUAAGUGAA